CCGCAGUGAAUCAGUACAACCGAGCCUCUGUCACUGAAUCUGUACACAGCGUUUACACUCCUGCAUCUACAUCUACUUACAAUGACUGAAACACAUCAGCUUUUAUAACUUAUACACCUUUUAUACACUUCGGUUUGUUUCUUACAUCGUGCAGGGAGUUAUUGGGUUAUUACACAGCUCUUUAUGGAUGAUUGUUUAGCAGCUCACAGCAUGGCCGGGGCUCUAAGCAUGGACGACAGCCAGUUCCCGAUGAAGAUAUUUGAUUCUUAUGGGAUGGACUUUCAACCUGUCGUAAUGCCCUCGUUUGAGAUCAAGAAUGAACCUUAUGUUCCAGAAACAGCUCAUGGACCUUACUUACAGAUAAUUGAGGAGCCCAAACAAAGAGGCUUUCGUUUUCGUUAUGAGUGUGAAGGUCCCUCUCAUGGGGGUCUACCAGGAGCCUCCAGUGAAAGGAACAGAAGAACAUAUCCCACUGUUAAGGUGUGUAACUAUGUGGGUAAUGCUCGAGUUGAGGUGCAGCUCGUAACACACAUCGAUCCCCCUCGCGUCCAUGCACACAGCCUUGUGGGAAAGCAGUGUAACGAGAACGGGACGUGCAGCAUAGACAUCGGCCCCAAUGACCUCACAGCACAAUUCAGCAAUUUGGGGAUUCUCCAUGUGACCAAGAGAGGAGUUGUAGAGGUGCUGGCGAAGAGACUGAGAGAAGAGAAGAAGAGGACGAAGGGGCCAGGAUGCCAUUUAACUGAUUCAGAUGAGAUGGCGAUCAAUCGGGAAGCAAAAGAGCUGGGCAAGAACAUGGAUCUUAACAUAGUGAGGUUAAAGUUUACAGCUUACCUUCAGGACAGCAAUGGAGGGUUUACCAGAGCUCUGAAACCAGUCAUAUCCAAUCCCAUCUACGACAGCAAAUCUCCCAACGCAUCCAAUCUGAAGAUUUCACGCAUGGACAAGACUUGUGGCUCCGUGAUGGGAGGAGACGAGAUCUUCCUGCUGUGUGACAAAGUUCAAAAAGAUGAUAUUGAGAUCCGUUUCUACGAGGACGAUGAUGAGGGAGGCUGGGAAGCGUAUGGGGAUUUCUCUCCCACUGAUGUUCACAAACAGUAUGCUAUAGUAUUUAAGACGCCGCCGUACCACAAAGAGAUCGAGCGACCCGUCACUGUAUUUCUGCAGCUCAAGAGGAAGAAGGGUGGAGACUGCAGCGAGCCCAAACAGUUUACUUACAUCCCACAGUAUACAGAUAAAGAAGAAGUUCAGAGGAAGAGGAUGAAGUCACUUCCACAUCACUACGAUAAUUGGCGUGGGCCGCAGGGUGGAUCAGGAGGCCUGGGCAGAGGAGCUGGGGGGUUUGGAGCUUCUGGAGGAGCAGGAGGAGGAAUAUUAGGAAACUUUCAGUUUAGCCAUCAGGUCGAUGGAUCUGGCUUCUUCGGCGCUGGAUGUGGUGGAUUCGGAGGAGGCAUGCAGAUGUCAGGAUCUACAACGCAGGAUCACCCCGCUAACACAGAGAUGGCCACCGGCUUAGCAGCACAGCAACAGCUGCUUCAGAUUGCCACGGCUUUACAGAAGCGCACCACUGCAGCCGCCAAGCACAGCGCCAAAGCCCUGCUGGAGUACUGCAGCACAGGAGACGCUCGCUUCCUUCUGGCCAUACAGAGACAUCUCUGUGGUGUGCAGGAUGAGAAUGGAGACACGCCUUUACACUUGGCCAUUAUCCACCAGCAGCCAUCGGUGGCCAAUCUGCUCAUUCAGACCAUCAUGAACACACCUCAGUGUAAAUUUGUCAACAAGCCCAAUCACCUAAGACAGACGCCACUGCAUUUAGCUGUGAUCACUAAGCAGCCCAGGUUACUGGAGGCCCUGCUGAAAGUGGGUGCAGACCCCAGCCUGUUGGACCAAGACGGACGAUCAGCAGUGCACCUCGCUGCUCACACAGGAGAUGAGACCGUGCUGAAGAUUUUGCUUAGCAUGCUGGGAGAGCGCCACUUACAUCUGCUUAACACUGCUGACUUUUCAGGUAUGUACCCACUGCACCUGGCUGUGAGGAAAGGAGGAGAGCGCUGCCUGCGUGUGCUGGUGGAGGCCGGCGCCAAGAUCAACAUGCCCGAACAGAAGAGUGGCUGCACUGCCCUUCACAUGGCUGUUAGGGAGAACCUCUUCAAAGUGGCCUGCACCCUCAUCACUGAGCUGAAGGCUGAUGUAAAUGCUUGCACAUUUGGAGGAAACAGUCCACUUCACCUGGCUGCCAGUCUGGGUUCUCCACCCCUGUGUUCUAUGCUUAUAGCAGCAGGAGCUGAUAGAAGGCUGGAGAACGACGAGCCACUCCUUUUCUCCUCCUCCUCUGAUGAAGAAGAUCUCGGCGACAUGAAAGAUGACAGAGAAGAGCCGAUCCAGAAAGACAUGGCCGAACACGUACAAGAACUCUCGAUAUCUGAGAGAAGCAAAGUUAAUCCACGCAAGAGAUCAGCAGCUGGACACACCCCCUUUGACCUCGCCCACUGUCAAAAGGUCAAAGAUCUGUUGGAUGGCAGGUCGAGUCCAAAGCCGAGUCACCAUUCAUCUAAGAAGACCAAAAAGAGCACUGAAGAUGCAGUAGCAGGUCAGUCUCUGGACAGCGAGACAUUCAACAAGCUGUGUGGAAUCCUCAACCAAAAGCAAGUACCCUGGAGAGAGCUGGCAGAGAAACUGGGCAUGCUCACACUGGCACACCUGUACCAAGACAGUCCCACACCAUGCCAAAAUCUUCUAGAAAACUACCAGAUAAGUGGGGGUCCAUUAGACGGGCUGGUUGAUGCUCUUCAGUCUCUUGGACUGAAUGAAGGUGUCCGACUUCUAAGAUCCAAGCAGCUCAAUGAGGACAAGCAGAGCCCAGACACAACCGUUGACAGCGGCUUUGGCAGUCAGGUGAUGGACGAGGACGCAGAGACUCCAGCUGUGGCCAAUCACUGAGCAGCGCAGGAAGAGUGAUGCACUUUCUUGUUAACGUGUUGAGGUUGCAGCAGAUGAACGUCCUUAAUGACUCAAUACAGUGAAAGACUGGAGAACCUGUUAAGGUUGUGAGAGACUCAGAAGAACAUGUGGCUGUGACUGGUGCUCUUAAUGUCGUCUGUAAUGUAUGCACAGUUUGUGGAAGCAGAGCUGGAUAGUGAAAUUAUUGAGAUAUUACUGAGAUUUAUAUCAGUUAAAACUCUGUUCCAGUUAUAACAUGCCCGUCAUUCGCAGCUACACAAAUUGCGUUUGUCAGCUUUUGUCGUGUUCUGAUUUUUAUGUUUUCCUGGAGGAUUAGGUCUGUUGAAUGACAUUUGCAAAUGCUUAAAAUGACUUAGUCUCCUACUAAUACUAUGUAUUUAUUUUGAGGUAUAUUUUCAGCUUUCUGUCUUUGCAAGAGAAUUGUGUUGAAGGUGUUAAUAUGUUGCACAAAUGAAUGUUGGCU